AUGGCGCGCGUGGCCAACGGCGGCGCGCGCACGCCCACCGGCACGCUGCGCCACUUCCUGGCCGCGCCCGGGCCCGCCGAGCGCGCGCUGGCCCGCUCCGACUACCUGCGCCCGCCGCUGUCGCCCGCGCGCGGCGCACCCGAGGCGCCGCGCUCCUCGCUGUCGCUGCGCGUGGACGACGAGCCGCGCUCGCGGCCGCGCCUGGCCCCGCACGCGCACUCCUACAGCGUGCACGCGCUGCGGCGCCAGGGCCGCGCGCGGUCGCCGCCCUCGCCGCCCUCUCCGCCCUCUCCCCUGUCGCCCCCCUCGCCUCCCGAGUGCGACUGCCUGCCGGUCGACCCCAUCCCCCCGCCGGAACUCUUCGAUUUCUGA